CCACACGAGUUGAGGAAAAGGAGUUAAAAGAAGUACUCUGGCGAGCUCCAGAUGUACAGAAAUUGCUCUUGCUCGACUAAUAAGGGUCGACCGUGCAAAAGACUACAGUUGGAACCCCACCAAAUGAAAGAAAAAAAUGUAAAUGAAAGUGAGAAAAAGGGGUUCCAACGGUGAAAUGAAGUGAAAGAGCACCCCGGUACAACGAAUCCUUGGUUGUGAAUGGUGUGAGUCCCUUUAUCCAUGAACUGACUGUCUUACUUCUACUUUUUCUCAUGAUCCUGGCUUGAGUCUAGUACUCGCAUUGAGAGAGAUAGGGAACGUCUUAGAAGACCAGUUGACCUCGUAAGCUGCUAUAUGAUCUAGGAAAUCCUCUACCAAAGAUCGGGGUUGUAUGUUGCUAUAGAGCUCUGGAGAGCUGCAUUGGUUUGAGUUAGGUUUGCUUGGGGACAAGCAAACAGUUAAGUGUGGGGGGAUUUGAUGACUCGGUAUUUGCACAUUUUUUCCCCUUUGUUUCUUGAUUGUUUGAGCUUGAAUUAUCGUGUCUUUGGCCUAUUUUACGCUAGGUUGUGUUCCUUUGUCACAUUUCAGGUCCUAGCACAUAAAGUGAAGCAUAGGCGCAAGUUUCAAGUCAAUCAGAGAUCAAUUGACGAUUCGGGAGAAGAAACUCGGGUAUGACCUGAAGAAGAAUGGAUUUCUAACUCACUUUAUGGACAAAGAAUCAUGCAAGCUUGUCAUUAAUAGAAAGAGGACGAGACUACGAGCGUCUGGGAUCAAACGGCGACUGAUUCGGAGUCCGGACGAGGGAGAAACGAAGCAUUAAACAGAGGUUGAGCAAGCCACACGGGCACAACCCACACGGCCGUGUGACCUGGCCAUGUGGCCGUGUGGAAAUCACCGAGCCUUCACACGGGCAGCGUGGAAAGCCACACGGCCGUGUGGCCUGGCCGUGUGAGUCGGGAAUUGCUGUUUAAAACCCGAUUUUCAGCAAAAGGAAAGGGGGAGAGCUGGGUUUUGGAUCCCAAACACCCAAGGGACGAACCCUAGAGAGAGAGAGCGACUUGGGAACAUUCUUGGAGCUAUUUUGGAGGAUUUCUUCGCCAUUGGAGCUCGGGAAUCAAGCUUGGAGAUGGAGAUUGAAGAUCUAGAUCAGAUUUCUGCAGUCUCUCUCUUCUCUAUGGAGUAACUUCCCUUCACUUAGGUUUUGAGGAACCUUAGUUCCAUGAGUUAGGAUCUUUCUUGUAUGAAGUUUUGGAUGCUAUAUUGUUUGAUUAUAAUCGAAUGAUGCAUGUUUAUUGAGUCAAUUGAAGUCUGAUCAACUUUUCCUGAUUCCUGCUGCAAUCUGAGAUAGAUAGAAUCUGAUUAGGUUGCUAGAGUCUCAUCAUUCGGUAGUAGGAGAUUGGCUAUACGAGAGUUAGCCAGUUUACUGCUUUGUACUGGAAUCCAAUUCCAGUAGUGGAGUUCUGUGCUUAUUGCUUCAGCUUUCUAUCCCGGUGAAGACUAGUCGUCUGCCGGAUAGUUAGACUGAGAGGGCUUGGUCAGCUUAAGAGAUUCCAAGCUACUGUCGGAUCUUCCGCAGUUUAAUCAACAGUAAAUCAACCAAAAGGAAUUACAACUUGGACCUAAUUGAGGAGCUAGGGGGAAUCAUACCUAAGUGAGUUCCCAAACUGUAAUUAGUAGUUUUACUUAGUUUAGUUAGUAGAGUAGUUUAGUUAAUCAAUCCUUAAUCUAGUUUGCUAGAUAAUGAACUGAAGCUGAGUAAUAGUAACUCUAGAGACCCGUGGAUUCGAUAUUUAUUACUUGUGCCACUAUACUGCAGUCCCUUUCAUUGGUUACACUUGGCCAUUGUUAGGUGUUGUGUUUUAGAGCAUCAAGUUUUUGGCACCGUUGCCGGGGACUUUCUAGAGUAUUAGGAAAGGCAGAAGUUUGUUACUUUAGCGUUUUUCUUUUCUUUCUUUUCCACCUUUGCUUUUCACUUGGGUGUUUUUGUUUUUGUUGGUGCAGAUCUGAAUCAUGGAUCCUAAUGGCUUUUCCAAUCAUUGGGGGUAUCCACCACCAUCCGGGUGGUAUUACCCCGCGACUCCCUACAGCAAUCAAGGAGGAGAAGACUAUGGAUUCGGGUUCCAGUACCAACCCCCUUACUAUGGAGAACAAUCAGACCCCUGGGCAUAUCAAGAACAACCUCAUUGCCAAGAAGACUUUCUCCCACAACCAGAAGGGCCAUCGGAGCUGGAGUUACCCAUGGCGGCCUUCACGGGCCACUCUGAAGAGCCAUGCUACACUUCAAUGGAGGAUCCGAACGAACAAUUAAGGCUUCUCGUGGAGCAGUUUGCUCGAGACACUGAGAAAUCAUGCUCCAAGAUGGAUCUUCAAAUCAAAGCCCUUGCCACUUCCGAUCCCUCAUUUCUCCAUGAUAUGGAGGAGACUGUUCAGCGCUCAGCGAAGCAAACAGAGUGGGUGAAGCAAGUUUGCUCACAUCUUGCUCAAGAUCACCUUUCUGCUACCACGCUAGAAGAGGUGGAGGAUGACAAAGGCUAUGGGAGCGUUGAGGAGCAUACAGAAGUUAUCACAGAGAACUCACAUGAUAACCAUGAUCAGGAAAGUCCUUUGGUUGCAGACCACACCUUUCCUCAUUUAUGCUCUAACAUGCUGGGCCCGUGCAAGGAGAUGCAAGAUGAUCCCAUUGAAGAAAUUGCUUGGCGACUUGCUCUCCAAUCUGUUCUAGAAGAAGAAGAGCGAGCAAGGAUGAGGAAGGAAGUUGUGGAUGAUGAGGAAGAAAGAAAAGAAGAGGUGGUUCUUGAUCUUUUCCCAGGGGAGAGACCACAUUUUGAAGAAGGAAGGGGGGUUGAGGAAGCAAUUGGCGUCCAGGCUGAGGAUGAAGUUGAGGUGGAAGAGGCAUGCACCGGCCAUGAGUUGCAAGUAAUAUCCCCACCAAACUUUGAGGAACUGCUUGGCAAGGACCCAUUUGCAGUGUCUCUUUGCCAGACCAAGGCCACAUCGACAUCGGUCCCUCUUGGUGGACGCGAUGGUGGUCGGUCGAUGCUGUCAUAUCUGGUUUGGGGCAAGGAGACAAGAGAAGAGAAGAAGAGGUCUCGAGGGUGGAGACUUCAUCUGCAUCAAGUACAUGAGCCUUCAUCACCUGCCACACCACAUGCUCGUGACUUGAGACUCCACCUCAUCGACGAGAACCUCAACUUCAAGGAGGUUCUAGCAUGGACCGAAACUUAGGAGCCAUCGUCCGGCUCACGACGUGAAAGAAGCGCUUUUUGGGAGGCAACCCAACCAGUCGGUUUGCAUUUCUUUCUCUAUUUCUCCUCGGUUGAGUCAGUUUUGUUAUUUGAUUUUAGAGUCAAUAACUCAACCUUUGUGAGAUUUUGUGUGGUGUUUGUGUUCUGAUUACUCUCUCUUCCUGGAAUGCACUGCCUGACCCGUACAUCAUCAUUCACCCUUGAUCUGGUAACUUCGUUCUACCCUCCUUAUCUUUCCUCCAUUGAGGACAAUGUCGUGCUUGAGUGUGGGGGGGUGUUCGAUUAUGUAUGCGGGUGAACGUUUGGCUGUUUGUGUGCUUGGAGCCUAGUCCACUGUCCAAAUUUUUAAAUUUGAGGGCUCCAAGUAUGUGUUUCCUUGCAAAUUGCCUGCUCAGUAUGCUUUGAAUUGACAGUCUCUAUAGUAAUGUGCAACCUAGGGAGGUAGUGUAGCACUAUGGAGGAUGUUGAAGUAUAAGAUUUUUCCUAUCUAGCUCUCUGUUGUGCCAGUUGAUUUUGUGAAUUAGUGGAGCUAAGACCGUUGAAUUCAUGUGGUAAUGGUGACUCUGUUUGGAUUAUGUUAUGGACUCGUGUAUCGAAUAGGGUGCUCAUAUGGAAAAUGGGAAGCAGUUGGUCCUCCAUGUCAAAAUCAUUAAAUCUUAAACAUGGGG